AUGGAACAAGCUUUGGCACCUUUGCGGGAGGCUGUGCGGGAGCAGGGCACCUUGGUGGCACAGCUGAAGGAGCAAGGAGCCCCUGAGUUGGAGGUAAACCAGGCCAUCACAGAGCUUAAAGCACGCAAGAGAGUUUUGGAAAUGAAGGAACUGUCCUUGCAACCGAAAGAUGAAGUUGUGGACAGGGUAAAGAUGGAUGACACAUUAAAGAGGAGGUUCUUCUACGAUCAGUCAUUUGCCAUAUAUGGAGGGGUGGCUGGCCUGUACGACUUUGGGCCGGUGGGGUGCGCGCUGAAGAACAACAUUCUGCAGGUGUGGCGGCAGCACUUUAUCCAGGAGGAGCAGAUCCUAGAAAUCGACUGCACUAUGCUCACCCCCGAACCUGUCCUCAAGACAUCAGGCCACGUGGAUAAGUUUGCCGACUACAUGGUGAAAGACGCCAAGACAGGAGAAUGCUUCCGUGCUGAUCAUCUCCUUAAAGCCCACUUGAAGAAAGUGAUGUCCAAUGAGACGUGCACCCCUGAGAAGGUGGCCGAGAUGGAGGAUGUGAUCACUCAGAUGGACAACUACACACAGCAGGAGUUGGGCGAACUAUUUGUCAAGUACAACGUCAAGUCUCCCUCCACAGGAAAUGACCUCACCCCUCCCAUUUCCUUCAACCUCAUGUUCAAGACCUCUAUUGGGCCAGGGGGCAACACACCUGGCUAUCUAAGGCCAGAAACGGCUCAGGGAAUGUUCCUCAACUUUAAGCGACUUCUGGAAUUCAACCAAGGGAAACUCCCCUUUGGCGCUGCUCAGAUCGGAAACUCCUUCAGGAACGAGAUCUCGCCUCGCUCCGGGCUCAUCCGUGUCAGAGAGUUCACAAUGGCUGAAAUCGAGCACUUUGUAGACCCCAAUGAGAAGGUCCAUCCUAAAUUCUCAAACGUGGCUGACCUGAAGAUCCUAUUGUACUCGUCCAAGGCUCAGACCAGUGGCCAGUCUGCUCAGGUCAUGAGACUCGGAGAUGCUGUGGCGCAGGGCACCAUCAACAACUCUGUGCUAGGCUACUUCAUCGGCAGAAUAUACCUGUACCUUCUCAAAGUGGGUCUUAGCAAAGACAAAGUGCGCUUCCGUCAGCACAUGGAGAACGAGAUGGCUCACUACGCCUGUGACUGCUGGGAUGCAGAGUCCAAAACUUCCUAUGGUUGGAUCGAGAUUGUCGGGUGUGCUGACCGCUCGUGCUACGACCUCUCGUGUCACACCCGUGCCACCAAGGUUCCCCUUGUGGCAGAGAAGCCCCUGAAAGAGCCGAAGGUGGUCAAUGUGGUGAAGUUCGAGCCUAACAGAGGCGUCAUCGGAGCAGCGUACAAAAAAGAUGCCAAGCUGAUUUUCGAGUACCUGGACGCGUGUGACGAAUGUUUCAUCGACACCCAGGAAAAGCGUCUCAACGAAAGCGGAGAGUUCAGUGUGUCAACGGAGGGCAAAACGUUCAAGCUUUCCAAAGAUAUGAUCGCAGUCAAGAGAUUCCAGAAAACAGUACAUGUUGAAGAAAUCGUCCCCAAUGUUAUCGAGCCAUCCUUCGGCAUCGGCAGAAUUAUGUACUCCAUCUUUGAGCACUCCUUCAACACGCGAGAAGGCGACGAACAGAGAACGUAUUUCAGUUUUCCGGCCACCGUGUCCCCGUACAAAUGCUGCAUCCUUCCUCUGAGCCAAAACCAAGAGUUUACACCUUUUGUCCAAAAACUAUCUGAAGCUUUGACAAGAAAGUGCGUGUCCCACAAAGUGGACGACUCAUCGGGAUCCAUCGGGAGACGCUACGCCCGCUCCGAUGAGAUCGGCGUGGCGUUUGGCGUCACUGUCGACUUUGACACCGUCAACAAGACGCCGCACACCGCCACCCUCAGGGACCGUGACUCAAUGAGGCAGAUCCGUGCCGAGGUGGACGCCUUGCCUGAGGUGAUUUGGUCGCUUGCCAACGGCGUCUCCACUUGGCCUGAGCUGGAGACCCGUUACCCCCUCUUUGAAGGACAGGAGACCAGCAAGAAGGAGUGA